AUGGUGAACUAUGUGCUCAAAAUCACGGCUGAUCUCGAGAAUCUCACUAAUCUACAGCCCUCCGGUGGAUGCGAUGAUCCCAACUUCCCUUACCUCUUCAAGUUGAAAUGUGAACAAUGCGGAGAGGUGACUCAGAAAGAAACAUGUGUGACUCUGAAUGAGACUUUUACUCCUCCUGGUGGCAGGGGUACUUGUCAUCUUGUUCAGAAGUGUAAGUUCUGUGGAAGGGAAGGGAAUAUCACAAUGAUUCCAGGAAAAGGUCGACCUUUAACUCAGGAAGAUUCUGAGGCUGGAGAGCAUGCUCCUCUUAUGGUGUUUGACUGUCGAGGUUAUGAACCCAUCGAUUUCGGAUUUGGUGGAUUUUGGAAAGCUGAAGCUGAAUCUGGAACCAAAUUUGAUGAGAUUGAUUUGUCGAGCGGAGAGGAGUUCACAGAAUAUGAUGAAAAGGGCGAGUGUCCAGUUAUGAUAUCAAACUUCCGUGCAAGCUUCACCGUCACCAAGUAA